GCUUUCUAGUUCCAUAAUGAUACAGUACUGUAUCAUCAUCUAUGCUAAUUAGAUCCAGAUCUACCACGAAUGGCUGGAGCAGUCAAUUCUCAGGAGGAUGAAUCUACUUAUUCUACCUUCACACAGAACAGUGGCUCUUACACUGACUCACCUCUCUAUGGGGCUGAAAGUUGGGAGAGAACAGGAGAUAAUGGACUUCAAUCAUCAAAGAAAUUCUUCUACCAUAGCAUCCCUCGAAUGACAAGACAGCAGCAACAAGGUACUCCCAAAAGUUCUGCUAAAUCGUUCUGCACUGAUUUGUGUUCAGAUUCUUGCACUCAACUAAAAGAGAAAUGUGCCCUUUGGAGGGUUCUAUGCUCCCUCAAUUUCAGGGCGAAUAGAUGUUGUUGUCAAAUAUCACAAACGUACAAACAGCACUUUUUUUUCAGAAAGAGCCUAGUACUAGUUCUGCUACUGAAUGCUCUGUUCUCAACUGCAGUAUUUGGAGUAACAACAGAAGUUGUAAAAGUUAUCAUUGGCGCAGAAUAUCUAUUACUUCGCACAUUAUUGAUUCACGGCAUAACUCAAGUCAUGUUUCCUAUUGGUGGUCAUCUGGCAGACUUGUAUGUUGGUCGACACAACAUGAUCCGCUUCAGCCUUUGGAUGGCAUGGUUAGGGUUGGCUCUAUUUGGUCUAACUUUCGCCUUAGAUAGAUACAUUAAUCCAUUUACAAGAUUUGUGAUUUUUCCAUUUACAGCAAUUGUGCUUAGCAUUUCCUAUGUGUGCUUUAUGUCAAAUAUCAUCCCUCUUGGCUUGGAUCAGUUACAAGGGGCUUCUCAUGUUCAUUAUAGUUCUUUUUUUUACUGGUGGUAUUGGACACUAAACAUUGGAUUCAUCAAUGUACCCCAGUACUGUAAAAAUAACGUUGAAAUAGAUGUUCUUAUUCAAGUCGGGAUCGGUCUGGUUCUCAUAACAAUUGCAAUAGUUUUAGAUGCUCUAUUGAAGCAUUGGCUUGUGAUUGAACCAAUUUCCAAGAAUAAUAACCCUCUUGUGCAAAUAAUGAGAAUCCUCAAAGAUGCGUGCAGGCAAUCAAAUAACCAGAAAAUUCCUAGUGUUGUGUUCCACGAAGUUAACAUACAGCAAUUUGGAAGGAUGGAUCGAAUGAAGAAACGCUAUGGAGGAAAAUAUGAAACCGAACAAAUCGAAGAUGUGAAAACAGUCUUUCGUGUAUUGCUUGUUCUCACAGGAAUUGGAUUUUCAACUCUUAUUUACGCUGGGGUGUUCGACACAAUUGGACUAAUGGCGGCCAACAUGAGAGGAACAUUGGCUAGUUUCACAAUCAAUACAGAUCCAUGUCAGGUCAACAUCUCUUUACUGAAUGCAACGAAUGGACUGAUACUCAUAAUUUUGAUCCCAAUAUUAGACCUUGUUGUUGUACCACUACUGAGGCAUAUAUUUGUUAACCCCACUAUUAUGUGGAGGUUGGGAUGUGGAAGUUUCCUUGCCCUUGUGACAGCCUUGUGUAUGUUUGUGAUACAUUCAGUAGGGAAUGUGAAUUCAAGACUGUGUAUCUUCCGUGCUAUUGACUCGCCUCUCAGAAUAGACAUCAGUGUGUACUGGAUUUUAUUGCCAGUGAUUAUCCUCACCAUUGCAGAAUUGUUUAUUUACAUUCCCGGAUUUGAGUUCACUUGUGCCCAGACUCCCUACAAUAUGCGUGGUCUUCUGAUUGGAAUAUUCUUCUCCGUCCAAGGAAUGUUCUCUCUUCUAUCUGUCCUCAUGCAGUAUCUGUUCAUGACAAGUCAGUAUACCUUUCCCACACUCACAUGCAGUGGAUGGUACUACCUUGUUCUGUUAUGUUUUUCUGUAUUUGGAUUUCUGUUUUUUGUUUUAGUAGCUUGUAAGUACAAGAGGAGGCGAAGAGAUGAAGUUUUCAACAGUGUAACACUAAUAGAGGAACAUUAUGUAUCAUUUCUAAAUAGGAGAAAUCAUGAGGCAUCAUAGUUUGUUCUAUUCUGCUUGUUUUGUAAUUAGUUUUUCUCAACUCUAGAGAGUCAUAAUUAUAUUGAACAAUUAA